AUGGCCGCCCAAGAGAUCCACAACGUUUUGAUCACUGCCGCAGGCGGCAAUAUCGGACAACCUCUCGUCCAGCGAUUCGUCGAUGAGGCAUCCAGGUCUUCUGAUAAGUACAAGCUUGUCCUCCCCACCCGCAGGCUCGAGCAUCUCAAGUCCGUCCUGCCCAGCAGCGUGCCAGGUGUUGAGAUCGCCAUUGUUCAAGGCGACAUUGGAGAUCCGGUCUGGCUGGAAUCCAUAUUGAGGGAGCAUGGCGUAGAAACAGUGAUGCUGAACUUGACCGGCGUGGAGGAGUUGAUGCUCACCCUCAACUGCUUCGACGCGAUGAGACGCGCAUCUGUACAGCACCUCGUCUACAUCUCCGCUGCAGGUGACUUCUCGCUCAAGGCUGUCGAGCAGGGCCUGAUGAAGUACAUCCACGCGGGCCACGUUGCCGUCAAGGUCACUAUCGAGCACAAGCUGGUCUACGGCGACCUCCCCUUCACCUGGACUAUCCUCGGGCCCAUGCUUUUCUUCAGCAACGACCUGCGCAGCAAAGGACCCAUGAUGGCCCACGGCUUCUUCCCUGAACCCCUGUCCAGGAACGGCGUCGGCCGUGUCGACCCCCAGGACAUUGGACUCGGCGCCUACCGCGCGAUUGAGGACCGGGGCAGGAAGUGGGCAAAGAAGAAGGUCACAAUCGGUGGGCGACACUUGUACACCUCUGACGAGAUCACGAGCCUCUGGGGCAAGGCAUUGGGCAAGGAGAUCAGUAUGGCCGGGACGGACCAGCAGUCACUAGACGAGCUCGCCAGAUCCUUCUGCCAGUACAUUGGCGGGCCACCGAUCUGGGGUCGCGAUUUCGCCCUGAUGUAUGUGGGCUUUGAUCAGGUGCCGUGGUAUCAGCAGACGGACGAGGAGUACAAGGCGCAGUGUGCGCUGCUGGGCAAGGAGCCGAACAGUUACGAAGAGUUCGUGGCAAAGACGGGUGCACAGUGGCUGGCUGAGGUAAAGAAGUGAGCAGCAGAUCCGGCAAUAGCUGCCUACGAGGCUCGCCAGGAAAAAGAGAGUCUCUGGGCGGUCUAACACUUAGCUGCAAGCGCCGUGGAUAGUCCUUCCAAUCUCACGAUAUGACCACCGCUCUCUCAAGAAGGUCACACUCUGCACACGGCGAUCUGCACUUUGAGAUCAUGCUAGGGGCACGGAGCUCUCUCAGGAGAGAGGCGAUCCUUCAUCUUGAGACCGCCACGAGGAUCUCGCAAUAAAUGGGAUCUCCCCCUUUGUACCCAAGAACUUUGGUGAUCAAAGGCUUGGUUGGGAUCACAUAUUGCCAAUCCUGAUCAUAUAGCACGUCUCAACAUGUACAUAGUAGAAGAAUGUAUAGUAGACGAAAUAUGAUACAUCCUACUUUGUG